ACCGGUGAUAAAUAGCAAAGCCGACCGCAUCCUCACGCCUCACUCAUCGUUCUUUUGACAUUAUUCGAUUUUGUUCUUGAUUCUUCGAUGGAUUAUGAAAAAUCUGAAGCUUUUAAUUGAAUGUAUUUCGAUUGUUUGCGAUAAACUACUGUAAAUCCGGAUUUUUUUUGACAAAUCAUAUACUAUGCCGAAGAAAAAGUGGGGAACCACAAGUAAACAGUACUGUGCCGAGCAGGAGCAGGACCAGUACGACCAACUGUACCGGAAGUCGGAUAUGUUCUACGACUAUCUGAACGAUGCGCCGUGUAAGAUUCCGAAAAUCGAAGAACACUUGGCCGAUCCGGUGGAAUUGCUGGAAACGAUCGAUAGCAUCGACCUGCCGGCACAUCGUUUGACGGGGAAAGUCCGUCUGCAGUAUUUGAGCUAUCUGGAGAAAUUGCUGGACAGUAAUUACGAUGCGUGGGCCGGCACGGUGGAGGCGUACGACAGUGUGACUUUUACACCGGAGGAGGUGAAACGGUGCGCCGCCAGCAUCGAAAUGAAAGCGGUUCAAUCCUGUAUGAUUAUGUCGCUGUACCGCAGCUACGUUCUCCAGUUGAUCUCACAAAUCCGCAAGGAAACCAAUGAAUGCACAUUGCACCCAACUCUAAUCAACAUGAAAUUCACACCAAAGAUUAUCAAAAAGGAAUGCUGUCACGUGUCGAUUCAAACGGAUCCCAUAGAGCCACCAGUACCUCCGUCAGUACCACAAGUUAAUGGUACACCCACUGUGGAACCUGUGGCACCCGUAAACCUUUUCGAAUGCACUGAUCUCCCCCUGCUGGAUAUUCCUGCGAUGUCACUGGAUGAAAAAAUACGUAAUUUUGAACGUAAGAUGCACCUCUCUAGUCCACCGCAGCGAAGGGACAAACGUGAGAAGCGAUCGCGAAAGGAGCGAUCUAGGUCGCGUCCCAGGGAGCAGAAGAUACCUGCAAUAAAUCCCAAACCAGAACCUAUCAAGGAGGUUGCGAAACCAAAGCCACCAGCAGCAGAUAUUUUCAAGUCUCCUUCGUUGGUGGAUAUUCCCAAACCGGAAACACGUGGCACCCAAGACGACGAAAUUCUACGCGAGUUGGAAGCCAUGUUCGACACCGGAGACGAUGGCAACAUUUUCGACUCAUGUGAAAACCAGGUGCAGAUCAAGGCCAUUAUCAAUGAGAUUGAAAAGUUUGAACCGUCUAGUACCUGCGAGCAGUCCCAAUCGUUCAAAGAGCCGGAGACUUCUACUCAUCAACCGCACCAGGACAUCCCCGAGAUGGUACCAUCUCCGAAGUUCGACUACGAUAAUAGCUUACUUGUUCCGAAAGCGUACUCCGCGCUUGAAUCCGGUGAAGACAAGGUAACCGACUUACGGAAGAGCCUGUGGCCAUGCGAGUUGCACAUGCAGAAAACAAAACUCCGCGAGAUCUUGAGUAACAUCGCCGACAGUAACUACUUGCAGUACGAGCGCAUCCGGACCAGGUUCGUCAUUCUGUUCGGGGAGUACGAGGACGACGAAGACGAACUGGGUCCGUACAGUCCGUCGAUUGAGCUGAACGAAAUACUGGUGUCCAGCUGCCGCCAGAGGAUUGCCAAAUGGGUGGUGCAAGCUCUGAUGAAACCGCUGAACGACGGCCUCAUUGCCAAUAGGUACCUGUUCAAAAAGUUGGCCAAGCAUGUUGCGGAUAACAUUAUCUAUCUGAAUCAGUAUCCAGACCAACGUUUUAUCAAACAUUACGUGACGGAUUACUUCUGUACGCACCCGAUGAUAGCAUCGAUAGAAGAUUUGGAUUGAUCUUCGCUCUGAGAUUGACUUCGAAACUGAACUGACUUAUUAUUAGGAUACGGAAAACAGUGACUAAAUGAUUACAGCUAAUCCGAAAUGUUUAAGUGAAUAUGAUUCUUUAUUCGGUUAUAAUUACUUCAUUAGCUGUAGCGUCAAGCAAUGGACAUAGUGCAUUUACUGUGUGCUCUCGAUUACAAUGUAAUAAUUCUGUGAAUUAGCAAGGAACAAAAAAGUUAAUUUGGAAGUUAUUUUCAUCUUAGUUUUCAGAUUAUGUAUUAAAUGUUAUUCUGCUGAAUAAGAGCUAAAUGGA